AUGGACUUCGGUGUCUGGCUCAUCCCCGCCCCUUCAGGCGUGUCCCGCAAUGCCUGGCAGCUCCUCGCCAUAUUUCUCGCCACUAUCGUCGGCAUCAUCACUCAACCGCUCCCGCUCGGCGCCGUUGCUCUCUUGGGCCUCGGCGCGUCCGUUCUCACCAAAACCCUCACCUUCACCGCAGCCUUCUCCGCGUUUGGCGACCCGAUUCCCUGGCUUAUUGCUCUCGCAUUCUUCUUUGCUCGAGGGUUCAUUAAGACGGGCCUUGGCAACCGCGUGGCCUACCAAUUUGUAUCUCUGUUUGGUAGCUCUUCCUUGGGCCUUGGUUACAGUCUUGUCUUCAGCGAGGCGCUUCUUGCGCCCGCGAUCCCUUCUGUUUCCGCUAGGGCUGGUGGGAUCUUUCUCCCGCUUGUGAAGUCGCUGUGCGUGGCUUGCGGAAGUAAUGUUGGGGAUGGGACGGAGAAUCGGCUUGGAUCGUGGUUGAUGCUUACUUGCUUUCAGACGUCGGUGAUCACUUCGUCGAUGUUCCUGACGGCAAUGGCGGCGAACCCGCUAAGUGCGAACUUGACUUUAAAUACGAUUAAGCAGACGAUUGGUUGGACUGAUUGGGCGGUUGCGGCGAUUGUUCCCGGCCUGGUUUCUUUGAUUGUUGUUCCGUUGCUGCUGUACUUUAUUUAUCCGCCGACGGUGAAGAGCAGCCCGGAUGCGCCAAAGCUAGCGAAGGAGAAAUUGGAUAAGAUGGGACCGAUGACUCAGAAUGAGAUUAUCAUGGCGGUGACGCUACUUGUAACGUUGUUCUAUUGCAGGUGAAGAAAUAUUUCGUAGCUCC